AUGCGGCCCCCGGUGAAGAAUGGCAACAACCGGCGCCCCCGCGGCUGGAUUGUGAUCGUCACCGGCCUGCUGCUGGCUGGCGGCGUCUACAAGUGGGCCGCCAGGGAGGGGCACACGCUGGCAAGGUCUGGACUGACCCCAGCAAAGCAGGAGGAGGCUGGCCUGACUGCAACAGAGCAGGAGGAGGCCGGAACGACGGCAGUAGAGCAGGAGGAGGCCGGAACGACGGCAGCAGAGCAGGAAGGCGCCGACUCGAGCGCAGCAGAGCAGGAGGAGGCAGCCACGGCGGAUCAGGGGGGCGGCAGCCUGAGGUCAGCACAGGAGGAAGGAGCUGGCAUGGCGGCAGCAGAGGAGGGGCAGGGCGCCGAGCUGAGCGCGGCAGAGGGGCAGGAGGAGGUCCCUGGUUUGAACGAAGAUGAGGAGUAUAAGCAGGCUAUGGCGUCGGAGAAGGUUUUGGAAGCGGCCGAGCGGCAGGAGCAGGAGGAGCAUGCGCAGGCUCGGGCGCAGCAGCAGUGGGACGCGCUGGCGGUGCACAGGCCAGACUGGAGCGAGGCCUGCACGGAGCCGCCCUGCUCAGGCAUUUACAGCAAACUCGAAGACGGCAGCCCGCUCCCGUCGGUUCCUUGGGCGGGCCUGAUCGGGGAGGACGCCUGGCUGCAGAAGAACCUGUUUUUCGAAAAGAAGGGCGGGUUCUUCCUGGGGUUUGGCUGUGCCGCCAAGGACGCCUGCAGCGCCGCCUGGUUUGCCCAGGCUGCCGGCUGGAAGGGCCUCCUCGUCGAGGGUGACCCUGGCGAGUACAAGGGGGUGGUGGAGAGCUUCCCCGACGCCAUCGGCGUGAAUGCUGCCGUGUGUACCGACCAACAGACAGUGCGGUACCACAGCGACGGUACAUGGGGCGGGGUGUGGGACUUCAUGCCGGAGGCGUACCGCCAGGAGCACCACCCUGAGGACACGGAGGAUGGGAUGGCAGAGGUGGAGUGUACGCCGCUGCAGGUCAUUCUUAACAAGCUGGGCAUCGACGCGAUUGACCUGCUUGUGGUGGAUGUGAAUGGCGGGGAGCUGGAGGUGCUGCAGUCGCUCGACUUCGGCCGGGUGGCAGUCAAGGUGGUGGUGGCGGCGAUCGAGGUGCUCGACGGCGUGGCCCAGCACGAGCUGGCGGCGCAGCUGUCGGCCGCCGGCUUCCAGCCUGUCGCCAAGGCCAGCGGCAGCGAGAUGGCGGAGAAGCUGGCGGUGUUUGUGCACGAGAGCGCGUGGCCGCAGCUCAAGCACGCGCCCGACGUGGAGAAGGUGGAGCUGUGA